GCUGAUUUUUUGUUCGAAGAUUCGUGUGCUGAUAUUAAGGACUGAAGAAAGAAUCUGUGUCACAUAAAAAUAAAAAAAAAAGCUGGGCUUUUAAAGGCAAACAAAAAACAUCCCAAAGGCGAGGGCUUUUUCACUGCACAUUACACUUUCCCGUUCUUGGACCCCUGAGCCAUAUAGCGCCUGCGUUUUGAAUUUCUAAGUGGAAGAGUGAGAUUGAGCCUUCUGGGGUUUAAGCAAGCCUUUUGAAGGAAAUGGGUGAAUCUGCUUGUCUUGUUCGAUCGUUUUCUCACCCUGCUGAUGCUUCUUCCCGUGAAGCCAUAAAGGGUGAUCCAAUUCGUGCACUUACGGAGUCAGUGUCUUUUGGUAGAUUUAUGUCAGAAUCUCUGGCUUGGGAGAAAUGGUCUGCUUUUUCUCACAAUCGUUACUUGGAAGAAGUUGAAAGGUUUUCGAAGCCAGGUAGUGUUGCUGAGAAGAAAGCAUUUUUUGAAGCUCAGUUCAAAAGAAGGGCUGCAAUGAGAGCAGCAGCCUUGGCUGAGGAAGCAAAGACGGUUGCCAGUGAUGCCUUUCCAAUGAGAGCCACUAAUGCAAUUCCGAAUUAUUCUUCUUCAAAUAUGGCAUCAGCAAAUGCUAACUUCCUGGUUGUGAUGGCUGAAAAACAGGAUACUAAUGUCUGUGAGAGCGAGGUAGCUGAUAGUGAUAAUGCUAAUGAAUGCAAUCCAAAUGUUGAAACAGAUAACCUAGCCAACUUGAAAAGUCCAGCAGUAAUGGAACAGAAUCUUGAUGAGGUUAACCUCACCCAGGUUGAAAAUUCAAAGCAUCUAGAAAAAGCAGAUGAGGAGAGCAUGGUUUUGGCCAAACCAGGCGAGAGGAUGGCCCAUAAGGAAUCUGCUGAUAACUCAGCCUCACCAAGCAAGAAAAGCAGAACAAGUUCUUCAUCAAAGCCAUCAAGUAACAACAAAGCAUCCCAACUUCCAUCAUGUCUUUCCAAACCAGCCACCCCUUUACAUGCCAGGAAUGGUAAUGAUAACAAUGUUGGUUUGAGCAGUAAGAAGGCUGAUAGAGAGUCCAAUGAGAAAAAGAGAAGAAUUCCUAAUUUCCUACACAUGUCAGUCAGUUUCGCUGCUUCUAGUGAUGGAGAAAGUCGGAAAAGAUCGCUUCAAAUGGCCAAAGAUAGUUCAACUCCUCUACGAACCCCAACCCAGUAUCUGCAGAAAGCUGUUAGUCAGGAGAAUUGGGUGUUAUCAAAUCAUAAAAGGCAGUCAAAUUCCACAUCAAAGUCAUCAGCUUAUGGUGGAACAUCCAAGCUUCAAUUAUCUCCCUCCAUACCAGCAGCCACCAGAAUAGGAAAUAAUGAUGCUUGCAUUAAUAAGAAGUCUGCAGGGGAUUCAAACAAGAAAAAGAGAAUGAUUUCAAAAUCCCUCCACAUGUCAAUAAAUUUUGCUUCAUUUGGUAAUGAAACAAGUAAAAAAUCACUCGGGACACCUAGGGACCUUUCAACAACACUACAAACUCCUACCAAGCACCAACUGCAGGCAUCAGUUAAUGCAGAGGCAAAGCAUCCUUCAAAAGUUCUACACUCAGAAGACCAAAGUUGUUCAAUUUCUUCGAACCCAACUGGAAGCAAAGCACGGCCAUUUAGCUUCAGGAGUGAAGAAAGGGCAGCCAAAAGAAAGGAGUUCUUUCAGAAGCUUGAAGAGAAACUCAAUUCAAAGGAAGCAGAAAAAGUUCAAGUGCAAACUCGAUCUAAGGGGAAAGUUGAGCAUCACCUUAAUACAUUCAGACAGAGCACUGAUUUGAAAACCAAGCCUAUUGAAGAUCAUUCUCAUGGAUCAUGGUCUCUGAGUAAUCCCAUGAAGAAGAUCCCUUUGACAAGACCUCGAUCACCAAAACUUGGAAGGAAGCGAUCUCCCAGCAGCUCGCAGGAUGCAAGAUCUAAGCCUCCUCAGAGGCGUUCCAUCAAUACUGAAAUUUCUAAGCAUGCCACGCAGAAAGUUAACAGAACAACUUGUUCAGUGAGAGGGACCUCACUUGCAAAGAACAGACACGAGAAUGCUUCUCCAAACAUCCAGCUUUAGUCAUCAAUGAGGUAUCCCGCAAGCAAUGGCAUGGAGGAGGAUUAGUUGAUCAUUGACCCAACGGUGGAUCGUCCAUGAUAUCAUUUGUAUUUACACAUCACUCAGAUGAAAAAAAUAAUCUUGUGAUGGAAGAUAGGAUUCAUGGUAGGAGGAUUUUGAUAUCAGCGGAAAGUUUGUAAUUGUUUGUGAGCAAGAAGAAAAGAGGCAAUUUCAUUGCAAGUAAUGGUAUGAUAAAUUUAUAAUAAACCAUAUAUACAAGUGCAGCUUUUCUGCAAAUGAGAAUUUUCUCCAUUUUUCUGUCUUAACCUUUACAAUAUGAGCUUUCUGCAAUCUUUACAUGUGCACCAUACCUUUAUGGCUAUACCAAUUAAUGUUUACAUGCCUC